AUGACAUCGCCCGAUGACGAUUUUGGUCAACCAUCAAAUAAUACCAAUAAUAAUAGUAUCAGUGUAACAAGUGUAAAUCAACAGAAUAAUUACAAUCGACGAAUAAAUAGCAAUAGCAAUAAUCCUUAUACAACAACAAAUGGAAUUGAAAUACGAAUAUUGAUGACGUCGCGUGAUGCUGGAGCAGUCAUUGGUAAUUUAACCUUUUUAAUUAUCUUGCUCGAUAGUACAAAGUGGUAUUUGUGUUUAGGUAAAGGUGGUUCAUCGAUUCAAAAACUUCGUGCGGAUCAUUCACGUGCGAUUAUUCAAGUGCCUGAUUGCACAUCACCUGAACGUGUGUUAAUCAUCAGUGGUGAACAAGAACAAUGUUUUGAUGCAUUACAGCAGAUUAUUCCAGUACUAGCUGAUAGUUCACGUCUUUCAUCCUUUAGUCGACGACGUAAUGCCAAUCCUGGAGGAGUCAAUGCCGAUCAAAAUUCAUCAUCGAAUGAUAAUCAAACAACAGGUGAUGCACCAUCAGAAAUUCGUGUGCUCGUUCAUCAAAUCUAUUGUGGAGCAAUCAUUGGUAAAGGUGGUCAACAUGUUAAAGAAUUACGACAAACAUACAAUCUCGAUAUCAAAGUCUUUUCUCAAUGUUGUCCAAUGAGCCAUGAACGAGUUAUAUCAUUACGUGGCAAAAUCGAUGAUAUUAUUGAAUGCAUUAAACACAUCUAUUCAUUAAUAAGUUCAUCAUCGCAACAACCGAGGGGUGUACCAUCACUUCAAUACGAUCCACAUAAUUUUGAUAUUUAUAUUGUGAAUGAAUACGGUGGCUUUUCACCGCCUGGUGGUCUCGAUCUUCGUAUUGGAUAUAAUCCACGAGGAGGUUUUCCACCACCUGGCUCUGUUGGUGGAAUGUAUCCUAUUCGUCCUUUACCACCUCUUGUUGAUGUGCCAUACGGACCUGGGCCAGCUCUAGGUGCUCGAUACCCUAGCCCAGCACUACUGACUUCAACACGCGUAACUUUGCCGAAUGAACUCGUCGGAGCGAUUAUCGGUCCACGUGGGGCCAAAAUUCAACAGAUACGGCAGACAACCAACGCUAACAUUAUCAUUGAUGAUCAACCUAUUCCAACAGGCACGGGUGGUGGUGAUCGUAUUAUAACUAUUGAAGGUACACCCGAACAAAUAAGUCGUGCCCAACAUCUUCUUCAACAAGCUGUUCGCCAAUCGGGUCUCUGGCGACCAUGA